AUGGCCGAGGAAAAGAAGACACCACCUGAGGCGAGGAAAGAGGACCUGGAGGAGGUGGAGGAGGUCAGGGUUGCUCAUGACGCCCUGAACAUGAAAUACAGCCCCUUUACGGUGUCGAUGUUCCGUCUGUACUUGUGUCUUGUCAUUCCAUAUCUGUGCGGGUGUCUGAACGGGUACGAUGGCUCAUUGAUGGGAGGGCUGAACGGGAUGGACUCAUACCUGGCCUUUUUCAACAUGAAAACCUCCGGUUCCAGCACUGGCAUCGUCUUUGCCAUCUACAAUAUCGGCUCCAUACCCGCUGUCUUUUUUACCGGGCCGGUCAACGACUACUGGGGCCGCCGCAUGGGUAUGUUCAUUGGCGCCUUGAUCAUCGUUAUCGGAACCUGCAUACAAGCGCCGUCUGCCAACAGGGGGAUGUUCCUGGCAGGCCGGUUCAUUUUGGGAUUUGGUGUGAGCUUCUGCUGCGUUUCUGCGCCGUGCUACGUCAGUGAGAUGGCUCAUCCAGCGUGGAGAGGUACGAUUACUGGUCUUUACAACACCACUUGGUACAUUGGAUCCAUCCUCGCCAGCUGGGUCGUAUUCGGAUGCGCCAAACUCGACAAUCCAGACUCGUUCCGCAUUCCCAUCUGGUGCCAGCUCAUAUCAUCCGCCUUCGUUGUCCUCGGGGUCUGGUUCAUUCCAGAGUCGCCGCGCUGGCUGAUGGCACAGGACCGCAGUGAAGACGCCGCUAAGGUCCUGGCGAAAUACCAUGGAGACAAAGACCCAGAGCAUCCCAUCGUCGUGCUGCAACUCAAGGAAAUGCAGCAAAGCAUCGCCACGGACGCCUCCGACAAGAAAUGGUGGGACUACCGUGAGCUUUACACCGGCCACUCCGCCCGUCGCAGACUCAUCUGCGUGCUCGGUAUGGCCUGCUUCGGGCAGAUAUCUGGCAACUCGGUCACAUCGUACUAUCUGCCCGUGAUGCUCGAGAACGUAGGCAUCGUUACAGAGAGUCGCAAGCUGCUUCUCAAUGGCAUAUACCCUCCACUGUCCUUUAUUGGAGCCAUCACCGGCGCAAGAAUGACCGACACAAUCGGCCGCCGUCCAUUGCUCAUAUACUCGCUCUUGUUCUGCUCUGUCGCUUUUGCCAUUAUGACGGGGACAUCGAAGCUAGCCACCGACGACCCUUCGAAUACAGCUGCCGCGAACACAACUAUUGCGUUUAUCUACUUAUUCGGAAUCAUAUUCUCCUUUGGCUGGACACCGCUACAGUCUAUGUACAUCGCCGAAUCCCUCACAACGACAACCCGCGCCAAGGGCACUGCAGUCGGUAACCUUGCGUCCUCGAUCAGCGGUGCGGUCAUCCAGUACAGCUCGGGCCCGGCAUUCGAAAACAUAAAGUACUACUUCUAUCUCGUCUUUGUGUUCUGGGACUUGAUUGAGAUUGUCAUCAUGUGGUUCUUCUUCCCUGAGACGAAGGACCGCACCCUCGAGGAGCUGGAGGAGGUCUUUUCUGAUCCGAACCCUGUCAAGAGGAGUCUUGUUAAGCGUGAUGAAACGACGGUUCUGAAGACGAUGCAUGUGGAGACUGCUGAGACGAAGGAGGUUCAAGUAUAA